ACCAAAUACAACACGGCAUACCAUGCCCCGUUUCCCGUUGCGCAUCUUCCGCCUCCCUUACACACGCGCGGCACGCCGGCGCCGCAUCUACACCAUGCUGGUUGUCAUAAGCGUGGUGGUUGUGUUCAUCAUGCCCUUCUACGUCAUCUACAAGCCCCCGAACCUUCUCAUCUGUUAUUUCCAGCGUAGGUGGCCCGACGUGCUCUGGCACGUGCCGGCUUCCGCUCUGCGCCGGAAUGGAAAAGAGACGGAAAAAGUGGUUGCUCUAACGAUUGACGAUGCACCGUCGACGUACACGACAGAGAUCCUCAAGGUGUUGGGGGAGAACGAAGCACAGGCGACCUUCUUCGUCAUCGGAGGUCAGGUCGGCGGACGAGAGACGAUUCUGCAAGAUACCGCCAAAGCCGGGAUGGAGCUAGGGAACCACGCCAUGCAUGACGAGCCGUCCCGCUCUCUGACGCCUUCGACCCUGGAUGACGAAAUCCGACAAGUCCAAGGCUAUAUCAAUCGGAACUACGAUGCCGUUGAUCUGCCGCAUCCGCCCAGGUAUUUCAGGCCUGGCUCGGGUUUCUUCAGCACGAGGAUGCGCAGACAGAUCACCGAGAUGGGCUAUCAAAUGGUACUCGGAAGUGUAUACCCGCAUGAUCCGCAGAUUGCUUACCCGUCCUUGAACGCCCGCCAUGUACUGAGUAUGGUGCGGCCUGGGAGCAUCAUCAUAUGCCAUGACCGACGCCAGUGGACGGUCCCGAUGCUAAGAAAGGUUCUCCCGGAGCUGAAGAAGAGGGGUUACAGGGUUACCACUGUCUCUGGACUAUUGGAUGCAGCGGGGAGGACCAAGGCCGCGUGAGCUAUAACAAACCGCUGUAGACAUGGGGGAUUUCGGUCACAGGAUCAGUUUUGGGCACUGAAGCCGAUGUGUCCUUGUGACUACACCACCAACAACGACCGAGGAUACGCUAUGUGGCUACUAGUCUUUGCGCGAAGGCUUAUUCAAACCGAAGAAGCUUUUCAUCACAACCAUGUCGCAUCUUCUGCCAUUUCCGGC